AUGUCUUUCAUUUCCACUCUCAGAAGAUCCAUCUCACCCUUCAUCCCACACUUCUCAAUCCAACGGCUCCAAAUCCUCCACCCAACCUCAUCUUCUUCCCCAUCGCUUCUCACCGCUCGGAACGGUGUUUUCGCCGUCAUUAUCGCCGGCACCAGUCUAGGGUUUCUUCUCUACACUACCGACUUUGACUCAACUCUCUUUCAACCUUCACUCUCUUCCUUCGUUGACUCGUCAACACCGAAUUCCGAAGACCAAAAUCGAUCUCGUUUUUCACCUUCUUCGUUGUUUGCGAAAUUGUCCCUUCCCGAAACUUCUGGUAGCUUCAUUUUUGGAGAGGCGUAUAGGAGAAAGGUUUUUUUCAACUAUGAGAAACGCAUGCGGUUGCGAAGUCCUCCCGAAAAGGUAUUUGAAUACUUUGCAUCUUAUCGAUCACCACAAAGAGAACUACUCAUGAUGCCGGCAGACCUAAUGAGGGCUGUAGUUCCUGUUUUUCCUCCAUCUGAAUCUCACCUUGUUAGAGAUGGAUACUUGACAGGAGAAAGAAGCCCUGGCCAUUUAUGCUGCUCUCCUUCAGAAUUUUUUAUGCUUUUCGAUGUAAACAAUGACAGACUUAUAUCUUUUAAAGAGUAUAUCUUUUUUGUAACGCUACUCAGCAUCCCAGAAUCAAGCUUUUCUGUGGCAUUUAAAAUGUUUGACGUGAACAAUAAUGGAGAGAUAACCAAGGAAGAAUUCAAGAAAGUGAUGGCAUUGAUGCGAACUCAUCAUCGACAAGGUGUUCACCACAGGGAUGGACUGCGAACUGGUCUGAAGGUGAACGAUUCUGUGGAAAAUGGAGGACUGUUGGAAUACUUUUUUGGUGAAGACGGAAAGGGUUGCCUCCAAAUUGAUAAAUUUGUACAAUUUUUGCGAGACUUGCACGAUGAAUUUUGCUCUACUGAAGCUUGCACCCUCUCUCUAGUGUUUUACUCUUAUAUGCUGAAGCUGGAGUUUGCUCACUAUGACUACAAAUCUCGAAAAACAAUUUCAGCCAAGGACUUUGCACUUUCCAUGGUUGCUUCAGCCGACAUGAGUCAUCUAGGCAAGUUGCUUGAACGGGUUGAUGAAUUGAAUAAUAAUCCAUGCUUUAACGACAUGCGCAUCACAUUUGAGGACUUCAAAAACUUUGCCGAGCUAAGGAAAAAGUUAUUUCCAUUUUCAUUAGCCCUUUUCAGUUUUGGGGAAGUAAACGGCCUGUUGACGAGAGAUGAUUUUCAGCGAGCAGCGUCACAUGUUUGUGGCAUAUCUCUCUCGGACAAUGUGGUUGAGAUUGUUUUUCAUUUGUUCGAUACAAAUAAAGACGGAAACCUAAGUACAGACGAAUUCAUCAGAGUGCUACACAAGCGAGAAAGGGACAUCGGACAGCCUGUAGAAACAGGAAUGUUGGGUUUGUUGUCUUCCUGCUGGAACCGUAAACAAAACAUCUCACCUUCACAGUUGUUUUCCGGAUAG